CGACUAGUUAAUGGUGUCUUAUCUAUUUAUAAUUGUCAACAUUUGGUGUUAACUUAAGUGGUGUGUGAACAUAAGUGGCUGUCCAUCGUUUGUGUGAAUGAAACAGUUAAAUUAACACUUCUAAGGAUAAUUCCAAAAAUGAAAGAUGGUCAUUAUGAUGAUGUGGAAUCUGCCAGAAAGACACAGGAGACUGUAUUAAAAUUUCACGCCCAAGCUAAACGAUGGAUAGCUUAUACAGUUAUAUCUGGCAGUCUAGCUGUUGUAGCGGUGACCGGAAUCCUUGUUGGAAUGUAUUUGACUGGAAACCUAAGUAGAACACAGGAGGAAAAUAAUCAGAUAUCUAACCAACCACGAUAUGGACAAGAUGCACUGUAUGGAUCAAAGAUAAACGAUGACACAGAUUCAAGAACAUUAGACGAUAAUUUAUUGCCAAUUGAUAUUGUUUUGCCAGUAACCGUUAAUCCAACAACAGAUCAUAUCAGGAAAUCACUAAAUGGAAUUCUAGAGCAACCUCCAGAAGUUCACUUAUCACAAUUAGAAGGAAACCACUUAUUGAAAGAAAAGUUGUCAACAACUCAAAAAGAAAGAACAAUAAAAUCAAAAGUUGAUUUAAAUAAGAAAAUUAUACACGAAGAUACAAAACUGGAUGAUAUUGUUUCAAAUAUUGUAGUUACCAAUUUAAAAGAGGUGUUAAAGGAUGAAAACGAUAUUUUUGAUGAUUCAUUUAAUUCAAAAUCCGCAGACGAUUCAAAUGACUCAUUAGAGACAUCGCAAAGUGAAAAUAACGAUAGCAAAUUUGAGGACAGCAGCGAAAGUCAAUCAAAUGGGGAUUCUGUUUUGGAUGAAAAUGAUAUUAAACAUUCCUCAGAACAAAGUGAAAUAAAAACAUUGGAAUCAACUUCAGAAUCCACAGAAGAAGAUAUUGAAGAUUCCAAUGAAAAUCACCCAUUGAACGGCUCAGAAGAAAAUUUGAACAUUUUAAGUGCUGAUGACAAUAGUAAUGACGUUUUACAAGUAUCGGAUACAAAUAGCUCUAGUGAAGAUUCACAAAUAUCGGAUACAAAUAGUUCUAGCAAAGAUUCACAAGUAUCGGACACAGAUAGUUCUAUUGAAGAUUCACAAGUAUCGGAUACAUAUAAUUCUAUUGAAGAUUCACAAGUAUCGGAUACAAAUAGUUCUAGUGAAGAUUCGCAAAUAUUGAAUUUAGAUAGUUCUAGUGACCUUGAAACUAUUUUUGAUAAAGACGUGAGUGGAAGCAUUGCAGAUUCAUCUGAUUCGUCUAAUGGAAGAAAUUCAAAUUCGGAUAAAGACAAUUCUGAUGAAAACAAUUCAAACUCUGAUAAAUAUGAAUCAAAAUCCAAUGAAGACGAUUCAAGUUCAGACGAAGACAAUUCAAGUUCAAAAGAAGACAAUUCAAGUUCAAAUGAAGACAUUUCAAGUUCAAAUGAAGACAUUUUAAGUUUAAAUAAAAACAACUCAAAGUCUGAUGGAGAUAGUUCAAGUUCAGGAGAAGACAACUCAAAGUCUACUGAAGACAAUUCAAGUUCAAAAGAAGACAAUUCAAGUUCAAAUGAAGACAUUUCAAGUUCAAAUGAAGACAUUUCAAGUUCAAAUGAAGACAUUUCAAGUUUAAAUAAAAACAACUCAAAGUCUGAUAGAGAUAGUUCAAGUUCAGAAGAAGACAACUCAAAGUCUGAUGGAGACAAUUCAAAUUCGGAUAAAGACAAUUUAAGUUCAGUCGAAAACAUUUCAAGUUCAGAUAUAGACAUUUCAGGUUCAGAUGAAAACUUUUCAAGUUCAAAUGAAAACUCAAAAUCUGAUGGAGAAAGUUCAAGUUCAGAUGAAGAAAACUCAAAUUCUGAUGAUGAUAACGUAAAUUUAAAGAAAGACAGCUCAAAGUCUAAUGAAGGCAAUUCAAGUUCAGAUGAAGACAACUCAACGUCUAAUGAGCAUAAUUUAAAUUCAAAGGAAGACAACACAAAGUCUAAUGAAGAUAAUUCAAGUUCAGAUGAAGAUAACUCAAAAUCAAAUGACGACAACUCAAAAUCAAAUGACGACAACUCAAAGUCGAAUGAGGACAACUCAAAAACGAACGAAGACAAUUCAAAUUCGGAUGAUAAUAACUCAAGUUCAAAGGAAAACAACUCUGAUUCUAUUGAAGACAAUUCAAGUUCAGAUGAAGACAUUUCGAAGUCUGAAGGAGACAAUUCAAAUACAGAUAAAGAUAUUUCAAGUUCAAAUGAAAACAACUCUAAAUCUGACAGAGAUAGUUCAAGUUCAGAUGACGACGAGUCAAAACCUGAUGAAGACAAAUCAAAAUCUGACGAAGAAAAUUCUGAUGAAGAAGACUCAAAUUCUGAUGAAGAAGACUCAAAUUCUGAUGAAGAAGACUCAAAUUCUGAUGAAGAAGACUCAAAUUCAAAUAAAGACAGCACGCAUUCAAACAAAGACAGCUCACAUUCAAAUGAACACAGCUCAAAUAAUGAAAGCUCCAAUUCAAAGCAUGCAAGUUCAAAUUCAAAUCAAGACAGCUCAAAUUCAAACGAAGACAAUCUAAAUUCAAAUGAAGACAUAUUGAAGAAUGACGGAAAGGAAACAAAUUUCGACGAUGACAACACAAAUUCAAAUCAGGACAGUUUCAAUUCAGAUGAAGAUACUACAAAUUCAGAUGCAAAUACUAAAAAUUCAGAUGAGGAUAUUUCAAAAUCUGAUAAAGUCAAUCCAAAGUCUGAUUUAGACAAUUCAAAGUCUGAUGCAGACCAUUCAAAUGCAGAUGAAAAUAAUUCAAAAUCUGAUGAAGACAUUUCAAGUUUAAAGAAAGACAUGCCACACUCGGAUGUACAGAACUCGAAUUCCGACAAAAACAGCUUAAAUACAGAAACAGACAAAUCAAAUUCAAAUCGAGACAGCUCAUCUGCAGAUGAAGAUACUUCAAAAUCAGACGAAGAUACCUCAAAUUCGGACGAAGAUACCUCAAAGUCGGACGAAGAUAAUUCAAAAUCAGACGAAGAUACUUCAAAAUCAGACGAAGAUACUUCAAAUUCAGGAACGAACAUUUCAGAGUCUGCCGAAGACAACUUAAAGUCUAACGAAAACAAUUCAGAAUUGGAAGAAGAUAUUUCGAAAUCUGAUGGCCCAAACUCAAAUACCGACUCUUCAAAAUCAGAUAAUGACUCAUCAGAGUCAAAAGAGAUUGACUCCAAUUCAAAAGAAAGGAAAUCAAAUUCGGAGGAAAGCAAAACAAUUUCAAAUAAAACAGAUUUAGAAUCAGUAGAUUCAACUUCGAAUUCACACGAAACAGAUGAAAAUUCGGAUGAAGAAAACUCUAAGUCAAUUGAUUACUAUUCCAGUUCAGAUGAGGAUUUACACCCUAACGUCGAUAGCAAUAUUGGCAGUAAUAGUCAUGAAUCGACCAGAAUGAAAAUAAAUGAAAAUUCAUUUGUCAGUGUAACUAAAGGUAAAAACGCUGAAAAAGAAAACAUAAAUCAUGAAAAAAGCAGUAGUAAAGAAGUUGAUAAAGAUAAUUCAAGUAACAAAGUUUAUCUGGACAGAACCGCAACAGACAAUGUCAAUGAUAACAGCGACGAAAAUACACCCGUGGAAUCUGUCAACUUAAACUUUGAAGCACUGAUGGCAGAAUUUAUGAAUUUAGAAAGCAAUGGUUUAGGUAUAUUCGAUAAUCCAGAACUCAAUAAAAGUACCAUAUCAUCUGAUAAAAAUCUGAAUAAUUCGAAUUCGGAUGAUUCAAAUUCAAAUGACAGUGAUUCAGCCUCAAAUAUUCGCGAAUUAACAGAAAAAAGCGAUUCAAUUAAAGAUGAUAGCGAUUUUACUUCAGAAUAUAGCGAUUCCAAUUCAAAUGAUAUCUUUUCAAUUUUAAAUUAUAAUAAUUUAGAUUCUGAUGAUAGUGAUUCAGGUUCAGAUCAAAGCAAUUCUACUUCAGAUAAUUACGAUUCAGCUACAGAUAAUAGUGAUUCAACUUCAAAUAAUGGUGAUUCAAUUUCAGAUACUACGGAUUCAAUUUCAGUUGACAGCGAUUCAACUACAGAUAAUAGUGAUUCAACUUCAGAUAAUGGUGAUUCAAUUUCAGAUACUACCGAUUCAAUUUCAGUUGACAGCGAUUCAACUACAUAUAAUAGUGAUUCAACUUCAGAUAAUAGUGAAUCAAUUUCAGAUACUACCGAUUCAAUUUCAGUUGACAGCGAUUCAAUUUCAAACGGUAACGAUUCAACUUCAGAAAAUAGUGAUUCAAGUACUGAUAAUAGUGAUUCAAGUACAGAUAGUAGUGAUUCAAGUACAGAUAAUAGUGAUUCAAAUUCAGAUUAUACCGAGACAUAUUCAGAUGACACUGACUCAACGUCAAAUGAUAGUGAUAUAGCUUCGGAUGAUAGCGAUUCAUCUUCAAAUGAUAGUGAUUUAACUUCAAAUGAUAGCGAUUCAGAUUCAGAUAAUAGAAAUUCUACUUCAGAAAGUGACGAUUCAACUCCAGAUAGUAGUGAUUCAACUUCAGAUAACACAGAUUCAUAUUCAGAUGAUACUGAUUCCAUUUCACGUCAUAGCAAUUCAACCUCAGAUGAUAGCGAUUUAUCCUCAGAUAAUAGGGCUUCAACUUCAGAUAAUAGCGAUUCAUUUUCAUAUUAUACUAGUUCUGAUGAAAUAGAGUAUAAUUCAGAGUCAACAGUUGAAUCCAAAUCACUUAAAAUUGAUUCCGAUUCAAAUGAACAUAUUCCAAUUAUCAUCCAACUAGGCAAUGAUAAGAUAAGUGAACGUUUUGACAAUAUAAAGGAUGGAAAAGUUAUUGCCGAGUCUGACGAAAAGGAUAAUUCUAUGGAUCAUAUUUCGCUUACAAUGAAUGAUGCAAAAAGUGAUUUUGGUAAAAAUGAAAGAAAACAAAACAUCGAUAAUCACGAAACUGCAACGAUGCAUAAUAGUAAAGAAAAAGGUAUUUUUAAUGAAAAACAACAACAAAAACCGACCAGUAAUGAAAGUGCUGACAGUAUAGGCGGUGAAGUAAAGGCUAAAUCACUCUUAGAAAUGGGAACUGUAGUUGCUCCAUUUCAUGAGAUAGGUACAGUAUCAAACGAACGAGACAUUCAUAUUUUCCAAAAUGGAUUAGCUUUAGCAGGUGAUAUGAAGACAAGUAAUGGCAAUGGCAUGGUAGCUAGUCAAUUUAUAAAUAGACUUUUAGAAAGUGAUUUUGCUCUGAAAGAAAAACCAAAAAUCAUUAAUGUCAAUGAUUUUGCAGGUUUAAAUUUUGGUAAUAGCGGUGUCCUCACUACAAUUUCUCUUUCGGAUUUCUUAAUUAACACCAAAGAUGCUCACAAACUAGUUGAAGUUGACGAAUCUACCAAUGAAAGGUAUCCUAAUGGUCAACGUAAUAUUGCAAAUAUUUUGGAGAAAGACAAAACAUUUGGCAUUUCGGACGACGAAAAUGACAGUAGCAAUAUUGAAAAGGUUGAUAAGACCAACGAAGAUAAUACAGAAAAAGAUACAAGAACAAUUAAAAAUGAUGAAAAAAGUAUGAAGACCGAAAGUGACGACACUGCGGAUGAUCUAAAUGAAAGUGAAAAUUCCGAAAACAGUUCAAAUGGUGGUUUGAAAUCGGAAAAUAGUGACGACAGUACGAGUAGUAAAAGCGAUGAAAUCAAACAGGAAGAUACCAGUGUGAAAAGCAAAACAGAUGACAUUUAUAAAAAUGAUGACAGUAGUGAAAAGGAUAGCAAAGACAGUAUAACAAGCAAUAAUGGUCAAAUAACAAAUAAUGAAAGUGGCAAAUCAAAAUCAUUGAAAGAAACUGACAAAUUAAGUGAUGAAAACACCAAUACUGACAACGACAAAGCUAUUAGUAAUAGGGAUAUAACUAUUGAUGAUAGUAAAAAGGUUAAUUCAAUUAGAAAUAUCCUCAAAGAAGUCUUAGUAGGGAACAGGGAUAAUUUAUCACAGAGACGGGAAAUGUCAGAAGCAGCAAAAUCACCACACAUAAACUUUGGAGAUGGGUUUAUUUCAAAACCAAUUGACAUUCUAUCAGUAGAUUCAAACGAUGAUACAGCUACUGGUUCAAAAAAGAAACAUGAUACCAAUGAUGAAAACGAGAGAAGAACGUCACACAGACAACAUUCCGAGUUGUUUACAACUUUUCAGCCGAGAUCACAAGGAACAAGUUCUAAAAACUUUCGAGAAAAUCGAGUUAUGUUGUCCAAUCUUUUAGGUGUUAGACAAAUGACAUCGCCAUCUUUAUUUAUGACUACCGUACCACCAGGUGUCGUUGGUCAUCAGACACAAAGAACUGACGACGAUAACUUCUCUACUGGGGUAUUUACAAAUCCGCAUAUGCAAAUUUUAUCAACAUCUGCACCAGCGGCAGCACAUAUGCCGUCGCUUUCAUCAUUUGAUCACCUUCAUCACAACCAUCAUCACACACACCAACACCAACAUCAGCACAGAGAAACGACUAAUUCAUGGUUACAUUGGGACAAAUAAUCAAUGUACUGGUAGUAUUUUAAACUGAAUUCCAUGCUUCAAGUGGAGGUACCAUAGUGCUAGAUAAAAUCAAAAACUACAAAAGGCCAAUAUUUCCAUAAAGGACACAAAAACGUUUUUACUGUUGCUUAUAAUCAUGUAUUGAAAUAGAAAAUACAAAAUUGGGCUUUAAUUUAAAAAUACUGUUGGCUCCUAGAAAUGAUUGAUGUUAAAAUAUAUCGAGGAAACUUUGUCAUUCAUCUAAUCUGAUAUUCAUUUAUGUUAUGAGUCAAUCAAUGACUUCAGUUAAGAGUUAUGUUAAGUUUUUAAAUUCGUUAAACUUAUUUCAAUAUGGUAUACAUUAAGGCUGACAUUGAUCAAAUCAUAACAGACAAAUGCAUUUUAUUUAUUCCAUUAGGGUCACAAGGUUUAACUAUAUGUAAAUUAUUGCGAAUGAAGGUGAAAAUGAAGUUCAUGUCCUAAAUUUAUUUCAAAUUGCAAUGAUCAUAAAUUUUUAAUUUCAUGUGUUCAAGUUUCUACAUCAACUGUAUUUUGAUAUAAUUGGCUUGAACUAGCUUCCAUAAACUGAGCUUUCACUCUUUCGUCUUUUUUACAAUUUGUGACGAUCUGAUGUAGCAAUAUAGUUACAGUUGACUUGUUUAUUCUCGUUCUGUGCUGUAACAUCACUGUUCCAGGUUAGAGGUGAUUUUAUGGGCAUACGAUUCAGUGGUUGUCGUUGGUAUCUGUCUGUAUAUUGUUUUUUUUUAUUGUUUUAAAAUUAAUUAUGCUGUUUGUUUUCGCUUUUGAAUUAUUUAUAUUUUUGACAUGUGGUGAUCUUUUAUAGCUUAAUAUUCUGUAUGGGGUUUCCACAUUGUUUAUAUUUGUUUCAGUCAUUGCCCUAUAGUUUCUGGUGUGAAGUUGUUUAAUUAGUUAUCAUAACACGGCCCCUUAUGUUAUAUACAGAGAUUUAUAUUAUUGCAAAUGGCGGAGUUUUGUUCAAGGGUAUUUGUAUAACAUUUCACAGCGGUAUAAUACUGAUAAAUUAAUCAUACCUUAUUCUAUUAAUACUGUAUUUACAUCGCAUCAUGGAUCAAAUUUCCUCGUUCAGUGUAUGUUUUGAGUUAAUAUGUCUUUUUAUUGAGUAAAUCCGUUUCAAUUGAUAUUUUAUAGUGUGUAUUUCUUUGUUGUAUUGUUACACUAUUGUUGCAGAUAAGGGUGAAGGUUGAGUACCAUUAAAACGUUUAAACCCGCUGCAAUUGUUUGCACUUGUCCUAAGUCAGGAAUCGGAUGUUCAGUAGUUGCCGUUUGUUGAUGUGGUUCAUAAAUGUUCCUAGUUACUAUUUUUUUUAAAUAGAUUAGACCGUUGAUUUUCCUGUUUGAAUGGUUUUGAAUUAACAAUUCUUUUGGCCCCUUAUAUGUUGUUGUUCGAUGUGAGCCAAAGCUCUGUGUUGAAGACCGUACUUUGAUCUGCAAUGGUUUACUUUUAAAUUUUUGACUUGGAUGGAGAAUUGUCUCUUUGACACUCAUACCACAUAUUUUUAUAUCAAUUUGAAUAUUAUCAUCAAUAUGGAGGGAUUUUUGUGGCAUUUUGCCAUUCAGGAGAAAUAUGUUGGACCAGAUAUAGUGAAGAAUAUUCAAAAUUCCCUAGUUAUUUGAAAUUUUUAGUUUUUAAUCAGUAGGGAGUUUUAUAUCGACAUGUUCUAUUGGACCUUGUUAUUUCAAAGACUAUGGGUUCUUAGAAUUAUUUACAGAUAAUAUCAUUAUCAUUUCAGCUUUGAACUAAACCUGUCUGAAGUGUUUCCUGUGUUAUGAAUAGAUUGAUGUAUUAAAUUAAAUCAGAUUACAACAUCUUUCUUUGUUUCAAUAAUUUUAAAUUACCAUAUGUGCAUUUUCCAUAUUUCAACAUCAGGAAAUGCGUUUGUGUUCAAAAUAGGGGAAACUAUUGGCGUGUAACCUUAUAACUGAUCAAAUUGACAUACAACAAGACAGUACUUGUCUUUCAACAGAUUUGCACCUAACUAAGUUAUAAAUUACUCAUUUUACAUGGUGAAUAUAUAUUCUAUUGAACAUUCGCCUGUCAAACAUAAUGUAGACAAACUUUCUUUGUCAAUUAGUCAAUUAGGUCUCAUAUUCAUGUAUAUUUAAGUACCCUUUAUGUCUCUAUGUAUAAUUGUUCUCACUUUGUUACCUAGUAACAUUUUUUAGUAUUAUAUAUAGGUGUUUAUAGUUUGCGCCAAACAUACAUCUUUGUUAAGUUAUUCAUAGUUUAUGUAUUUUCGGCUGGUUCCGAAAUAUAACUCUUCUGUUUCAAAAUGUAUAUACUCAUAAUUAACGUAAAUGAAUGGAUAAAGAUAAUCGUUCGUAAAAACAUUUUGACAUAAGGUAUAGGUCAGAUGGUUUUUGAAAAAAACUUGUUCAACCUGAAAAUCCAACUUUGAACAUACUUAAAUAAUUCCAUCCACCAGAAAAAUGUUUGAUUUAUUUAUUUUUAUAAAUUGUUAGUUUAACGUUUUUAUCUCGAUACUUUUUCCUAUCUUUCUCAUCUCUUCACAAUUUUUGGAGAAUGAUUGGGAGUGUUGUAAUAAUUGGAUGGUGUUCUUUUUACAUUUUCACGUUCUUAUAUAUAUUCUUAGGUAUUACAUGUAUUUCAUUUUCAUUUUGCUUAAAUAGCAGAAACAAUUGCAGUGCAAUAAUUUACAGAGUAUUCCCCACAAUACAUCCGAAGGGUAUUAUUAUAAGUGUAAACUUUCGAAUGCAUAUUCAAGAAUAACCAUACAGCAAUCGCAUUUUUAUAUUUUGACUUUGGUUAAGGAGUACGUUAGAAAUUGAAAAUCAGACCUCAGAUUCUAGUACUUAUACAAAUAACUUGAUAGGCAAUUUUGUUUUCAGUAUUAAAACACUCGGACUAAUUAGGUCAAUCUGAUCACAUAAUGUGGGUAAAGAAUGCAUCUUACAUGUUAUAAUAUCCCUCCCAAAAAUUAAACCAAUGCAUCAUUCAAAGCGGACCAAGCAAACCUGACAAUGGUUAUUAUAUUUCAUUUGUUCAAAGUUAUGUAUGCAUUGAUAAAUAAAACAAUCAGUUUGAAUUGCAUGUGCGCAUGGACUAAGCCAUUUUUCGACAAUUGAUAAAAAGGUCGUAAAUAUUUGGACACCGUUAUAGCUUUAUGGACUAAAUGCUAACUUAAUAUUUGCAAAUAAAGUAUUUAGAAAAUGAUUGUCGAUAUACCUCAUUUAUGCAUAAUCCAUGUAUUAUAUGCCACAACCCAUAUAUAAUUUACUAUUCAUUUGAAUAAAGAUAUAUUUUUCGUAAUUAAGAAUCCGUUAUAUAUAUAUUUCAUACGAAUAAAUAUAGUGUAUUCA